CAUUACAAAGUCAUUUCAAAACAGGCCCUGAAAAUCAAACAUUACAAAGUCCAUUCAAUAUGGGCUCCGAACAUCAGACACUAAGAUGUCAAUUUAACAGAGGACAGUCAAGAUGCUACAAGAGGGACCCAGAUUUUAUAUCUAAAGUUACUUCAAUUCAGAGUAAUAAUUUAGUAGUCAGAAGAGAGACUACAGACAAGUGUCUGAUCAUUGAGAUUGUCGGUGAUGAUACACAUGGGAAACAGUACCUGGAAAGUCUGAAGAGCAUACAGCAGAAAAUAUGGGAUGGAAAACUGGAUUUAUUCAGAAUUAGUAAAGAUGAGACAGAUGUUGCAAUCAUGUCAAACGGACUUCGUAAGGAAGAAAAGCAGUUCAUAAAAAUGGCAGAAUGCCAGCUUCAGUGUGGAAUUAUAGUCGGAAAUAGCAGUAAAAAAGUCAGGCUUCCUUUCCAGUCACAAUCAAGUAGACAGACUUAUGAAGAGGAGGAUAUCUUCAGUGAUCUCCCAACUUCUGUAGCAGGGUCUCGAUCCCCAGAUUUUUUUGGUGAGGAGAGAGCGUCACAUUCAGAGAAAUUAACAGUGAGGUCCUCUACAAUCCAAGUCGUCAAAGCUGAUGUAACACUCUACAAGGCCAAGUGUUUGGUAAACUUCUUUGAUCGACCAUCAGGAUUAGCAACGAGAGGCAAGAUAUUUGAACGCUUCAUGAAACAGGGUGGACAAGAUUUAUCUGAUGAACUCUCUUCAAAUUACGAUUCUUCAGAAAAUGUUGUCAUGACAAAAAAUGGUGGCAAACUUCAAUGUGAGCAUGUGUGCCAUAUAUCACUCCCAAAAUAUAGGGGAAAUCAUUCAUCAAUUAAGGAGCUGCAGCAGGCAGUUAGGGAAUGUUUUAGGCUAUGUGGUGACCUUGGUGUGUAUGAUAUAGCGGUUCCAGCUUUAGGUGUAGGACAGUUGUUGAGGUAUCCUGUGGAGGAGGUGGCUACUCUCCUCAUCACAGAAAGUGUCUCACAAGCCAAAACAGACAACCACUGGAAGAUAACAUUUGCCAUAUAUGACAGAGAAACCUUCUCGGUUUUUAAACAGCAUCUCGACCAGAGGAGACAGGGAUUGGAAGGAACAAAUCCUGGCAGAUACGGAGCUCUAAGAAGGGAGGCCUCUGCUCCUAGUCUCUAUGUUCAUACCUCAGGCAGAGAAAGACAAAGAAACUCAUCACCAGAUUUUAGAAAGUACAGAGAUCACCAUAAAGAUGUUGAAUUUGAUCGAAAAAGGGACUGGUCACGUCCAAAGAGUGCUAAGAGAACCCCACAAGCCAGUGCAGGAGACCAGUCUAAAAUGACACCUGUGAUGGAACUUCACAUAUAUGCUUUGUCCAGAGACAAAGGAGAAUCAAUACGAAGUGAACUCUCCCAAAUGAUCAAGGAAAGGUUUCUACAUGAACACAGCAUUGAGAGAAUUAAUUUUAGUGAAAUACCUAAAGAGAAAGAGAGGAAAAUGUAUGACAUUGGUCAGAAGUAUGGAGUCUUUGUUUCACUGGAUAAAGAGAGGAAUAGAAUAUCAUUGAAAGGUUCAGCUAAGGAAGUGAACAGGACAGGACAAGAAAUAGAAGGUAUCUGUCCCUCAGGGUCCUCUCAGGAGGUGGUCCCAGUAAGACGAGAAAACAGGCACCGCCGCGGCACUGAUGAGGACUUGAAAAAAAUGAUAGAGGAGGCAACUGUACCAGCUUACUGGAAACACUUUAAGGAUGGGAAAUCAAUUUUGGAUUCUAUAAAAGGAAUUGUAACAAGCACAGAAAAAACCCAUGAUGUGGACCCAAAAACUUUUAAUGCAAUUCGCAAACUAGUAGAAAAGACAUUUAACCCAGAAUUAGUGGGGCAAGGAGCAGAUGCAAGAAACCUCAGCCAUAAGAAAAUUCAUGUUCAAAAAGUAGAACUAAUUGAGAAUAUUGAUUUGUAUCAAGAAUAUAGCCGUAAACGCAGGAAGAUGUUACAUAAAGUCUUCAAAACAAAAUCUCCAAAAUUCCCGACUAAAGUGGAGGCAGUUCCUAAAAAGCAAGGAAUAAAAAAUGUUGUUGCUAAAGGUGCCAUUUUUACGGAAAAAAUUAUGGAUGAAAGGCUAAAACAAGACAUCGUAUCAAAACUUAAUGAAGUUUACCUAUUUCAUGGUACUAAGAGUCAAUUUGUUGGAAAUAUUAAGGCAAAGGGUGUAGACCCCAAACAUGGAAGUGAUGGUGGCAUGUUUGGUCGUGGUAUUUACUGUGCUGAAAGUUCUACAAAAGCUGACCAGUAUGCAGAUGAUAAAGAUAAACGAGGACAAAAAGGGAAAAUGUUUCUAAUGCGCAUGCUACUUGGACAUAUCUUUCUAACAGAGAAAGAUAAGAAAUAUAAACAGCCACCAUGUUAUAAUUGUUACAAGGAUGAUUGUGCAGAUCCCGGUCAUGAACGAUUCGAUUCUGUGGUUGGAGUGAAGCAACAGACAGGGGGACUUUUCCGAGAAUUUGUGGUCUAUGAUAAAGACCAGUGUUACCCGGAAUACUUGAUCACCUACGACAGACUCUGAGUCUUGUCAAAUGUGUGUCUGGUUCACAGAAUUCUGAGCUCUUUCUUUAUCGUUUAUGGUGUAC